CGCUCGUCGGCUUGUGCUGGGCUACUGAUUGGCUGCGGCGGCUGCUUGUCUGAGGAUCUGGGAUUCAGGCGCUGCUAGGAGAGCAGAUUAUGAAGCGGAGCUCGUCCAGCAGCAGUCUCCUCUCAUUGUCUCGAUGGCUGCACACGCACUCCUCAUCUGCUCCCUCGCCUUGCUGUCUGCCCUCAGCCGGCCUGGGCUAACCUUCACUGAGGAAGAAUUCCAGCCAGGACUCAUAUAUGAUGAAGUGCCUCUGAUCCUGGAUAGAAGCAAAGAGAACCCCCAUCAAGCAACAAGAGUCACAUCACGUACAGAUGGAGAGUAUGGCCUGGAAAGUGAAGAGGUGUUUUUGACGCCUGAAGAUGAAAACCCACUCAGGAGAAUACUGCAGCCUUUUAAAUGGCAUCAGUCUGGGAUGUCUCUCAGUAAAAGGAAGCUGCUGCAGUCUCUGAUGGGGCCUUAUGGCCCGCUCAGUGUGUCUUACAAUGGGAAGCCUUGCAUUCUGUUUAAGGCAAAACGGUUGGCAAUCCGCUACAGGAACCACACGUUCAUUGAUCUGACUGAGAGGGUCUUCAACCCCAGCUUACCUGUGGACACGAAGGGCUCAAUCUGUACCAAGGACAAAGCAAUACUUUCUUUAAGAUUUGGUGAUGUUGAGGACUUACGAGGUCUAGUUAUCAGGCUUCAGAUGUCCAACACUUUUUAUGAGGCAGCUGGUCAAAACUGGUUCACUCUAGACAGCGUUCACAUCCAGUACAACUGGACCCAGGAGGCUACAUUCAACGCCAGUGAGGUCUACGCUCCUGCCACUUCAUCCUACCAUUGCCAGCACGUCAGCAGCCUGCACAAAUAUGACACCCUGCUAGUGCCCAGCUCCCACACUGACACAUCCGCUAACUGGCACAUAACCUUCACUGAUUUCCAGAUUCAGGCCUUCAACGUACAGUCAGAGAAGUUUGCGUCUGCCAGUGACUGUGCUACUUUCUUAACGCCAGCUAUUCUGAUGGGUCUGGUGACGUCGUUAAUCCUUCUUCUAGUCUUAGCCUAUGCCCUGCAUAUGGUGGUACACCUCAAGCACAUUGACCGCUAUGAGGAGCACAAAGCCACUGUCUACUUCCCCCGCAGUCCUGAGGCAGAGUUACCGGACAAAAACAGCCUGUGAAGGAGGACGAUGAGACUGAGGAUGAUUGUGGGGAGAAACUGGGGAAGGGGAAGCUAAGAAUCAAGGCUGCAGUGACUACAAGAGUGAAAAAGUAUCUUCAACUGAAAUUUCAUCAACUUAAUGACAACUUUGCCUGUUCUUGUCAAAAGCUAAGUCUUAACUCCAUUAGGUAAAUGCAAAGUAUGGCCGGAUACUUUCGCUUCUCUCCUCACUGACUGGCAUCUCCUGGGAAAGUCCAGGCCUCUCCUAGAGAUGGCUUGUUGGUUUAAUAUCCAAGGUUCGGUGUCUGUCCCAGGAUGCUGAAGGGCAACGACUUGCACAGGUCUUUGUCCCAGCCGGCCCUUAAAACAAAAGGCUCACAGUUGCAGCCAAUACAGCUAACUCAAAUGCUCCAGCUUAAGUGUAUGUAUUACAUGGCUCCAAAGUGUCAUAUUGCAAGCAACCAUCAACAACAUUGUCCUUCCAGCUUUCAUUGCUGUAAAGAUAGUCUAACACCGCUGCAAAAAUGGUAAACUUAGAACAGCCACUUUUCUAGCUGAGGUAGCCUUAUUAGCUGCAUGUCCUAAUAGGCUGGUGUUCUUGGGCUAGCACAGUGUUUCCUAAUAAGAUGGACCCAGAUGGUCUCCUGCUUGAGACUUAUCAUAUAAUGAGAUAUGGCACAAUGUAAAAUGAUAUUGGGAAGUCUUUUGGUGGAAACACAGCAAAAUUAUUAGGAACCACUGGUCUAACAUCCGGCUGGAAUGGAUGAACUAACUUUACUGGCCCGUCGGAGCCGCUGGCCUUUCUCAACCUAUCCCUGAACGAGACUGCUGCUUGGGACUUAACUGUGAAAUGGCCUUCUACAGACCAGACAAGACAAAGAGGAUUCAACAAACUAGCACAACAUUUGUUAGUAGCAGAAGCACUAACAACAGACUUUUAAAAGACUACACAAAGAACUAUGCUGCAAAAAGAUGGCCCAUCCAUGGGCAUAGCAGAAAUGCAGGUUCUUGGGAUGCAACGGCUUAUCCGAGUCACUUGUUUGAACAAAGGAGGCUGUGGGCCCUCAACUGAGACUGCUCAAACUGACUGCCAAAGUGAAGCCACAAAUGUGUUGCCAUAAUAUAUGGUCUGAAACAGAGUGAGACAAUGUGAAAAUGAAAGUGAACCAUUACAGCUAUGUAAAAAAAAAAAAGAAGAAAAUGCAUUCAUGUACAGAAAUGUCACUCUGCGGAGGUCUUUUUUUUGAUAUUCUGUGUAAUCAUAAAAGCUAUUAGGUACAGGUUGACUAUGCUAAAACUCAUAACCAAAAGGAUAUCCAGAGCUGUAAAUAUAACACCUCUCUAGGAUCAUAGCUGUUUACUAUCUUCAAAUACUGCACAACUAAUAGACAAUACAAUUGUAAAAUUGUUCUACUGAGAUUGGUAAACAUAUCAAUGCAUAUGAUUUUUUUUUCUACAAGGGUGAACAUGUUACAUUUCCUGUGUGUUUGUUUUAAGCUGGGCCAAAAUAAGGUUCAGUUUUACCUAUCUGUAAAUUAUUAAGCAAGAUUCCUAUCAUAGACGGAUGUCACUACUGAAUGCCGUUUAGUCACUGGGACCUAUAGAUGCCAUUAUUACGCCAGAAGCCUCAUUAGCAACAGUUACAGAAUCAGUGAGUCAUUAUGACUGACAAAAAAAACACUCAGCAUGACAGUAAAUAGAUAUCUUAACAUUCGAUAUGGCAGUUCUGUCGGUUUGUAGCAGUGUGAAAUGUGUUCUUUGGUCAUAAAUGUAUCCUACAAUCGAUUGACUGAUUGGAGGCAGUUUGUCCAAGGACUAACUGGUGUAAAAUGAACAAUAAAAUGAUAUUCUGAGGGACA